UCAGACCGCCUAGGCCUCCGUAGCCCCGCCCACCAGGAAAGAGCUCUGUACAGUUCCGGCAUGAAGCCACCGCAGAGACGGCGGAAGGUCCCAGCACGCUACAUAGGUGAAGCUACCGGCCCCACAGCAUGGAGCCCUCGCGAGAUGCGGCAUCUACUGAGACUACUUCAGGCUCGGCGGGGUCAGCCGGAGCCAGACGCCGCGGAGCUGGCCCAGGAGCUGCGAAGCCGGAGCGAGGCCGAGAUCUGCCGCUUUAUCCAGCAUCUCAAAGGCCGGGUGGUUCGAGAGGCCAUUCAGAAGGUGAAGCCAGGUGGCAGAGAAGGUCCAAGGCAUCAAGAAACACAGCUCCCAGCCCCCAUAGAGGUAUGGAUGGAUCUUGCUGAGAAACUAACAGGCCCACUGGAGGAAGCCCUGACUGCAGCUUUCUCCCAGGUGCUCACCAUUGCUGCUGCAGAACCACCCAGCCUCCUGCACUCCAAGCCAGCCAAGCCCACAAAGGCCUGCGGAAAGGCACUGGUGUUCUUGAGCAACCAAGAUGAGCAGAAGGAUCCUGCCCCUGAAGGUUCUGGGCCUGUCCCUAUGACUGCUGCUGACCCCACUCGUGAGGCUUCUGUCCUUGGCCCUGAGGCCUCUGGCCUUGCCUCAGAGGUCACCAUCCCUGACUGUGAUGCCCCAGCCAAGUCCCUGGCUGGGUCCUCCACAGAGAGAGACUUUGCCGUGGACUUUGAGAAGAUCUACAAAUACCUCUCCUUCUCCUCCAGAGGUGGCCAUGGCCCUGAGCUCUCAGCAGCUGAGUCAGCUGUGGUCCUUAACCUGCUCAUGUCACUUCCAGAGGAACUGUCCCACCUGCCUUGCACAGCCCUGGUGGAACAUAUGACCAAAACAUAUGCUCAACUGAUGGCUCCCCAGACCUCUCUCUCUGGAGAGAAGAGGCCCAGGCCUGGGACUGAAGAUGGAGGGACCGACUCCACGGGGCCAGAAGAGCCUGACCAAAGUAAUCCUCAAACUUCUGAGACCAUAGAACCAAGGCUAGCCUGGAAAGCAGUUGGGAUCUGCCCACUGAACCCAUUCCUGGUGCCCCUGGACCUCUUGAGUCAGGUCCCCACCCCUGCGAGGUGAAGAGUACAGCAGAUGAGAUAUGCUGAUUUUUGCCCAGGACACCAGUCCAGCACCACUGGUAUUGGUGGUCAGUAACAUGAUUGUGGACUUCCUGACAGAGUGUCCAGCCAUAGGCCAAGCCUUCAGAUGCUGCAUACACCAGCAGCCUCAGAAAGUGAAGCACAGUUGUAAUGAAUGGGGAUGGAGAGAUGGGAGACUCUGCACAAAGGCAGACUUCCUGAAUUGGUAGAUUGGGGCAAGGGUCCCUAGCACACUGUACCUUGUUCUCUGCCAUAAUAGCACCACAUCAUCAUCCCUUUGUGUAUGGCACUGCGUUUAGAUCCCCCCAGCACACCCUCCCCCACCCCCCCCAUCAGCCGACCACUGUAGGGUUCUCUUUACCUUUUCCUGGUGUGCCCUGUAACCUUCAAUAAAGCUAUCAUUUAACUAGC